CUGCACACCUUCAGACAACUACUCUUUGCCCUCAGUGUCUCUACUAUUCUACGUAACUCCUGCAACGUUGAUGGUAUGGAAGUAUUUGGCAUGGAUCGUCAGCAAGAGUGGAGAUACUCACCUUACACAUGGCAUCAGUCUCACGACCAAGCCACAGUUCUAUUGAUGAUUCCAUUUGAGGCAACCGAAGAAGACAUAUCCGUCACUAUUGACUGUAACUACAUUUUCGCCGGGGUAUCUGGUCAGGCUCCCAUAAUCAAGGGCCGUCUGUAUGGACAAGUGGAUCCAAUUGCUUCCUCCUGGCAGCUCGAAUAUCAGCCACAUCUAUUCCGCCCCUCUCCCAGAGAGCGCACGACAUCUACCACCUCCGUGACCUCCGCAACAUCCGCUUCUACCCAUUCAUCCUACGCUUUCAUUUCCGACCCGGAAAUGUCUAGCAGUUUUGCGGCAUCACUUGAGAAUCGUGAUGCAUCUCCAUCUCCCGUUCUUUCCUCUCCGUCUGAUCGAAGCUUCACUCUCCAUCAACAACUUUUAAUUGCUCCCCACCAUUCUCGGCCUGUGUCUCCUCGUAAUAGCAUGCACUCGUCGUCUUCCUCUUCGUUUGCCUCCCUUGAUUCAUUGUCCCCUAAUACGGCUGCUGGAGGACAUAACGGAAAAUUAUUAACGCUCCAUCUUGAGAAAUCCCAGACCGUUAUAUGGCCAUCGCUUAUUAUCGGACCUGCUCCGGACACCCUGACACCCUCUGUGUGUUCCCCCAUCACUGCUGUAGGCGCCGAGGUCGAACAACAGUAUAAUAUGGACCCAACGAGUUUAACACUCAUCGCGUUAGAGUUACUUGAUAUACGAAUGGAUAAAGAAGAAGCUUUCGAGUGUUUUCUACGAGCCUGGCACCUUGCUCAUGUACCAACGGCGACCAUGAAACUUGUUUCAUGCUAUUUUCCAAUAUACACAUCGUAUGACAUUCCGGACAGUAACAUGAGUAAUGAACAGCAUGUACAACGGGGUACGCAGGCAUAUUAUCUCCAGUGCAUUGGGGGUCGCACCGGUCUCGCUCGGCUCUACAUCGAAGCGGGGAUGUUGUACCUGGAGGGCACCGCUUCAGGCCUGAUUUCCUCUUCGCACUCAAGCCUCGCGUCGAUACGAAUGCCUUUGCCACCAUACGGCAGUGCCACAGUAGGCCAUAGUCCCAGCGGGACGGAGGUAUGGAGAAGGGAUCGUGUAGCUGCCGCUAGAUUUUUCGAGCGAGCAAGAAUAUUGCAGCCAGGUUUGGAGACACCAAUGUUACCUCUGUCUGCCCCGGGAUCGGCAGAAGAGAUGGCUGUUGAGUUAGAAAUGCAGAUGCAAAUGCCAUCAAUUGAAUUGGAUAGCGCACUGAGGACAGAUCCAUUUCCUGAGAACCAUUUGCGAGAUCGACGGCGGAGGGGGAAAGGACAGGAAGACGCUGUCCAAGCUCAGGAAGGGAGCAGAUCCCUGGUGGGUAAAACAGCUGGUGAUGUGGACAGUACAUGGUACAUGCUCCUCCCUAGUCUUGUCGGCGCUGGCACUGCGCUCGUGAUUGUCGGUGUAGUAGGUGUUUUGAGCUUUUCUUGGUCGAGGAGGAAUCAAGGAUCUUGAUCCAUCAAGUGGACUUGUGAUAUUCUUGGUUGAAUCCUGUAGCACAUUUUUGAUUGUAGGGCAAAUACUAUAGGUCUGUUCAGUGCUUGGUAACUGUCUAUGCUAUCAGAUGCAAUGUGUAAAACGACUAUCUCCCCAAGAAAAUGUACCUCGAAUUAGACCGCGGAUUAGACCAACGUUCAACCUUUGUUACCUUUCCCCCCACU